AUGCAAGAGUAUGGCAGCGAGGGGUCAAGUAAGCCAGGUGAUUGCCGUGGUGGAAAGGCAGAUAGUGGACGAGCCACGCAGCAUCAUGGCGAUGGUUUCCAGGCACCUUCGCAUCAGUAUCCCUUGAUGGCACAAAAGAGUUUUGGUUCAGCUAGUAAAGAUUUACCCGAACAAAACGCAGGAAGCUACUGCAGAGCGGCAACCGGAGCGUACGAAGCCUCUACUAGCAACCAACAGUUUCAGAAUUCGCGGUACAGCAACCCGUCGGUGCCUACGUUCAGCUCUCCGCCAAAUUCACCACUAGUUGGCUUGCUCUUCGACCCAACGUCGGCCGGCUAUAGCGGUCCCGUGGCGAUGACGGAUCGCCUCAAUCCAGACCGACGCUCGCAGAGCGCCUGGUCAAUCUCCAACCAGGAGCCGAUCGGGACGGGUGCCAAGAAGAAGAUCGUGAAGAGCCAUGACAAGAAGAGCACGUUCAAUCCGGAGGUUCGCUACCAUGAGCGCUACAAAGACAACAGCACUGAAACGGAGCGCCUCAGGAAACAGGACAAAUCGUUGCGCUCCGAAUCCACUUCCAGUCUUGACUUCUUCCUCGAGGGCGAACGGAUGGUCUCAGAGCUUUGCAAUAUUCCUGAUCUGAAUGGUGGCUCGAAUCCAAAACAAAACUCGAAAGGCAACCAAGAAGACGAAAAGAGCAAUCGAUGCGGUUCGUCUGAAAUACUGUUAACGGCGCUGGAUAAGAUAGUCAUUCAUGAUCAGAUUCCGAACCAAAUAGUCCAGUUGGCAAUCGAGGCCUGCACGGACGCUGAGAAUAUAGCUAUAGCGCAUCACAACAGACCGUGCUUCAAAAAUAUACAUUCAAUCUGCGCUAAAACUAGAUCUAAUGUGCAGAAACCGGACAGUGCCGUUGCUAAUCUACAUUCACAAGGCAUACCGUGGGUAAUUAAAAAUUUUAUUUUUUCGUUUGUCCGCAUCCUGGACGGUUGGAAAGGUGUAAAAGAGUUGCUUAGCGAAAAACACGAUACCUUCUCAAGGAUUGAAAACAAAUACUAUAGUCCUAAUAUCAGGGAAUGUUUUGUUCAGUGGCAAGCGGUGACGAAAGAAAUGUUGACACAUAUUUAUAAAACGUUCAAAUGCUUAGACCAUGGAUUCACGAUGGAGCAGAAAAGUUUCACCCAUAACUACUAUGCUACUAACUCUGCUGCACCUAGGCACCAAACCCAAAAUAAAUUUCAGCCGCCGAAGCCGCACAUUACUACUCCACGACCAGUGAACGUUUCGCCCCAACUUUAUAACGCAAUACAGCCACCUUGGAUUCAAAGCCAAGGCCAACCUGCGUCACAAUCGUUUAACGAGGGCCCAUGGCCUGCUCGCUCUGGAGUAACCUACAAAAAGUAUCCCGUUGUACCUCCGCCAAAUUCCCAUAAUUUCUACCCUAUGACAGAUCAACCUGACAUGGAUGCUUAUCAAAGAACACAGUAUAAGUGUGACCCUUGCAGUGUUCGCGAAACGAAACCUCGACAGUCCUGGACCAUAACCAACAUGCCGGACUUUCGAGUUCUGGAAAAUAUGUGCUAUGCAGAUCAAAGAGAAUUGUACAACCAAUUGAAACAUAAGAUGGAUGCAGAACUUGGUAAGGCGCCCGGUCAACUGCUGUUGGGUAACAUGCCGUGUGAUGUAAUGCAACGUAAAGAUAUGGAUCUAAAGGCCAAAAUGAUACCUUUGAGUCAUGUUGAAAAAACUUUAAUACCAAGUAUGGCGUCGACAAGCGACUUGAGAGGUUGCUACGUGCAAAAGAAUAACAGUUGCGGUGACACGAAGGAAGAGGCUGAUUUUUUUGCGGCGUGGGGUCAGAUGGUUCAAAAAGAACCCAAUGAAUUUAUAACUCAUCAUUCUCACAACAUUCAGAUUCCAUCCAAUGUUGUGAUCCCUAAUAAUAUAUCUGGCCCCGUGCAAUUCGUUGAUCCCGAAAAUGAUGAGUUUCAUGAAAUGUCUAAAGUAUAUAUGAAACCUGGAAGUUACAAGGUGCCCAUAAAGCCAGCAGAUCCUAUUCCAUCGUUUGGCAAUCCCCAAGAUGUACAGUUUGGUAGUUGCAUUGAAGAUAACGAAGCUUUGAAGUUGAAAUUACCUUUUCCACCUGUGACAUUAGCACCACAGCCGAAAUACAACAUGGAAUCGUGGCCUUGUUUAGUACCGCGACGUACUGAUGACAUUUUGGGUGAUGAUCAAAAAGUUCUCCCUAGACCAAUAUUACCUGGCUUAGACUUAAGAACCGUUGAUACCCUGGAUGUUCUAACUGCUUUGACUUCAGACCGCGCUUGGGAAGCUGCAAAACAGUCUGUGCCGAAGUUUGUAGAUCUAUUACAAGAGGGCUCCAAGUCAGACACGGCUCGUUUAUAUGACGCUUUGGGUUUGAGCGUCAGCGAUGAAUGUGCGGACGAUUUCAAAGAUGUAAAACGCCGCAUUGACGACCAUGAAUCUUGGCCUACUGAAUCACCUUCCAAUAAUUACACGUUGAAGCCUUUACCAGAUUUAUGGGAUGCUGAAAAACUGAAUGCUGCACAGAGCGACUGUGUUAUGCAAUCGUAUUCUGAAAACGAUACAACAAAGAAUUCAGAACAAGAUUCUAAAUCAUUUGACGGAAACGAAUUUACCGAAGGGCGAGCCAUCAAAACUGCAGAAGCAAAGCCUUGUCCUAGCUUUGAUCAUACUGGCAGUUGUAUACGAGACGACAAUCAGAAGAAGUCAAGUGGGAAAUCUAAGGUGGCUGCAUCGGGUAUGUGGUAUCACCCCAAGAAAAAGAAGCCUUUGUCCGCUUCCUUUACCAAGAAAUUUGAAGCAAUUUUAAAGAAAUUCUCGCUAAUAAAUGAGGCUGCUUUCAUUCAACAUGACAUGGACAUUAAAGUGACCUAUCCCGAUGUUACAAUGAAGAAGAAUUUGAAUAAAGUUUCAGCGGACUUUGAAAGAAUGCUAAAUGAUGAAUUUCAAAUGAAAGCCGAUUCCAAGUUCAAAUCAAAUGAAACCGCGGAUGCUAUCGAAAGUUGUAAUAGAAGAGGCGAAAGAUCUGUUGGGGAUGGAAGCGAUUCGUUCAAAGUUAAAUUACUCGGGAGGAAUAAGUUCUUUGGAGCAGAUAUAGUCCUUCAAGCUGUUAAGAAUAAUGCGCUUUUAGUUUCGAUUUCGAAAAAUCAAACGAUGUUGUGGUACGUAGUCGGGGUGGCCGCUCUGGCGGCGUGCGUGGCUGGCCACGGGCGCGUCAUGGAGCCCCCUUCGCGUGCCUCCGCGUGGCGCUUCGGCUACCCCACCAAGUCCAACUACGACGACGACGGCCUCAACUGCGGCGGCUUCGGCCACCAGCACGCCGUCAACGGUGGCAAAUGCGGUAUCUGCGGCGAUCCUUACGACCAGCCGCAGCCGAGGGACCACGAGCUGGGCGGGAUUUACGGGGACGGCAUAAUCGUUGCUAAAUACUCGGCCGGGCAGGCAUUCUCCACCACCGUCGACCUGACGGUCUACCAUCGGGGCCACUGGGAGUUCAAGAUCUGCCCCGACCCAACAAGGAACGACCAGGCUUGCUUCGACCAGUACCUGCUGGAGCUCGAGGAGGGCGGCACAAAGUACUACCCAAUUAAGGGCGGCCGGUAUAUAAUGAACUACCGCCUCCCGCCCUACCUCGCGUGCGAACACUGCGUCCUCCAAUGGACGUACACCGCCGGCAAUAAUUGGGGCGACUGCAAGAACGGCACUCAAGGCCUUGGAUGCGGCGACCAGGAACAUUUCAGAGCGUGCUCGGACAUCUCGAUCGGUGUACCAGUCGCCUAUGCAGAAGACGGCGACACCAAUGAGUACCCAUCCUCUUACUACCAACGCCUGGGCUACUUGGACGUGAAAGCACUCCUGCAACUGUUGGAGAAAGUGCUCACCGCAGCCUCGAGUGACGGUGGGCCCACGAUUGCCGGAUACGAGAGAAACAGUUCACAGCAACAAACACAAAAGAAGGAAACGCAAAGACAAAAAGGCGAAGCCCCGAAAGAGAAAGAAGAUAUCAAAAGG